CUUCUAUCUCAUCUUCAUCUUCAGAAACAGAAGAAACACCAACUUUUACGAAUAUUCCUCCGACAAAUGUGUUUUCCAAAGCAACAAAUAAUUUUUUCGAGACUCCUGGACCACAUCAAAAAUUAUUGACGAUAUCGAAAAGGAGUGGAUGAAUCAUAAAAAUAGCGUGUCAACACAACCAUCUUCAUCAACCAAAAAAUUUGCGCUUGAAAAAUUACCGGGACGUAACUUACGACAAUGUACGGUGUGUAGCAACAGAAGGAGCGGGAUCAAGCGAUCCCGCCUUAUUUGCGCUUGUUGUAAAAAAGGCCUUCACGCUAUUUGUGCGGCAAAACAUAGUUGUUAUACAUAAAUUUUUCAUGUAAGAGUCAGUGAUCUUCCCCUAAUCAAAAUGAUCCUUUACGUGCUGAUCAUAAGAGAAGAUCAAUAAACUUUAAGUUAUCUUUUUAUAAAUUUUAAUUUUCAAAGAAAAAAACAAUUUAAUGUUUAUUUUUUCUUAUUCACAAUCACAAUUAAUAUUGUUUCUUUAUAAUACGAAAAGAAUUAUUAAAAUUGAUUGAUAUUUGUCUAAAUGAGAGUGUUUUAUUUGACAACAUCAAGUCAAAAUAUGUCCCGCAGUUUUCGUGCGUUCUUGCAAGAAUUGCUUAGCAGUCAAACGGUUAAAUAAUUGUGUAUGCAUAUUCACGUGUAUUCUCUGUACAGCAAACGAUGUUUAGAUAUCAUCUCGGUAGCUUUCGUAAACAGAUUAUUUGUUCAGGAAUUCUUCGUUCACCUUGCUCAUGUGACAGUUGAACUCAGAAAGAAUAAUACUACGAAUAAUACUACAUGCCAAACAGCGUUAAAUGCAUAGCCACACCAACUAUAUGACAUCCAAUCAAAAUGCACCUUUGUAGAUUGAUUGUACUACGUAAGUCAUCUCGUUGUUUUGUUUAAGAAUUAAUACGUUGCGAUGCAAAUACUCCUUAUCUUUCUUUUCAUUCCACGUAAAAAACAAACAGUGCAAAAUAUUCGAUAUAUCAGAAAUAGUCUCUGAAAUCUUCCUUCCUUGGCUGCAUUCCGAUAUUCACUAUCAGCACUGAAAUUCUAUAGUAUAAGUGACAUAAACUAUGACUACGUUUACACAGCCUAAUUUACGCUAAAGUUAUAACAUCGAUGUUAUAACUACUGACGUUACAUGCCGUGUAAACACUCCUUUACGACGAAGUUAUUACAUUGAUGUAGUAUAUUACUACAUAGAUGUAGAGAUAUUAAUUUAGAAGACCAUACGUCUCUUUCUUCUUCUUCGUCGUGUAUUUCUGAGAUUAACGAUACAUUUCCGUUAUCUCUAUCUGUUUCCAACGAUUUACCUUUCAAUGAACGCUUAGCAUCUUGUUUCGUUGAUAAUAAUCUUACUCAUGUUCAAUGUAAUAGUAUAUUGGCUCUUUUUCGAACGCACUCCUGUUUUUCUACAUUGCCAAAAGAUGUUAAAACGCUCCUUAAUACAUCACGAAAUCAUAUUGUAAUAUCAAAAGUAGAACCGGAGGAAUAUAUCCAUUUUGAUGUCGAAAAUAAAAUUAUUGAAUGUCUUUCAAAUAUUUCAUUGCAAUCGGUUAAAGAGUUAGAAAUAGAUUUCAAUACAGACGGAUGUAAUUUGGAUAAAUCAAGUACUAAUCAUAUAUGGCCUAUAAUUCAAUGUAGAAUUAUAAAUGUAGAAAAUACAAAACCAAUAGUAGUGGGGAUCUACAAGGGUAUCCAAAAGCCAAAUAAUCACAAUGCAUUUUUUGAAAAAUUUGUCGCAGACAUUACAGCAAUAGUAUCAAAUAGGGGAAUUACUUUUCAUAAUCGUAAAGUUCAGAUAUGUUUAAGAUGUUUUAUAGUUGAUGCUCCAGCACGAGCAUUCAUUUUAAAUCACUGUAGCCAUGCAUCUAGUAAACCUUGUUCAAAAUGUAAGAUUUCUGGUGUAUAUACGGAAGGUCGUUUUGUAUUUAAUAACAUUCAGCAUUCCCUUCGAACUGACGACGAAUAUAUAAGACGUUUGGAUGAAGAUCACCAUAGAGAGGGUGAAAGCCCAUUAUCAUUGUUACCAAUUAGCAUGGUUUCUCAAGUUCCUUUCGAGCAUAUGCAUCUUGUAUGUUUGGGCGUAAUGAAGAAACUUUUAACUGCAUGGGUGUAUGGAAAAUAUUCACGGUUAUCGAAAUUGUCGGGAAGAUAUCUUUCUGUAAUAAAUACAAGGUUAAAUAUUCUUAGAAAAUAUUGUCCCUCGGACUUUGCACGACAUCCUAGGCUUCUCGAUAUAUGUUCCAAGUUUAAAGCGACAGAAUUUCGUCAAUUCUUGCUUUACACAGGACCAGUUGUAAUGUAUGGUUUAUUAAAUGAAGACGUGUAUAAACAUUUCUUAUUUUUACAUGCUGCUAUUAGAGUCCUGGUCUCGAAAUCACCAUUGAGGCAACAUCUCAGUUUUGCAGAAAUCGCGUUGCAAAAAUUUGUCCUUCGUUGUGCAAAUUUGUAUGGUCCAACUUUUGCUACUUACAAUGUACAUGGCCUUCUUCAUCUCGCUGAUGAUGUCAGACGUUUCGGUAAUUUAGAUUCAUUUUCUGCUUUUGCAUAUGAAAAUAACAUGUACAUUUUUAGAAAAUAUUGCAGAAAACCGGGCUUACCUUUGCAACAGUUUUUCAACAGAAUGACAGAACAGCAGAUUCACGGAACAAAUAACACAUGUAAUAAUGCAUCAUCUAUUCGUACAUCUAUAUUGCGUAAUAAUGAUACCAAUUGUCCACAGUAUCGUAAGAUUAAUUUUAAUAAUAUAUUGCUAAGUAUAGACACAUACGACAAUUGUUGUAUAUUACAUGAUGGAUCCAUAUGCAUUGUCACUGAAAUUUCCAGAGAAAGUAACUCUUUUCGUUUGGCUGUAAACAGAUUUUUGAGUGUUGCUGACUUUUACGAUGUUGGUAUGGCAUCUUCGUGUUUUCAGGUAUACAAGUGCGCCACAUUGAGCAGCGAAAGAUUUUACGUAUCCUUAAACGAAGUUCAUGCAAAAUGUUAUAGAAUGCCUUUUUGGGAACGUCUAACCAUGGACGAUAGCAAUAGUGAUGAAGACGAUUAUUUGCAAACAAAAUACAUUGUCGCUGUUCUAAUACAUAGUGAUAUGUAACAUGUGUUUAUUGCAGUAUUGUGACUAACAUUUACAAGAUGUUUGCGAUGCGAUAUAUUUGCUUAGUAUCUCUUAGCUUAGGGUACGUAUUAACAUACUGUUUUUUGUUAUUAUUCCAUGUCUUUCAAGGAAUAGCUAAUAUUUGCGAUUGGGUAAUGUCAUAUGCACUAAUAUGUUGCAAUAUUAUGAUUCUGCUAUCAUUUUUAUUUGUGCUGCUUUAUAUCCGUUGCUCAGAAAUGUUCUCGAAAGCAAUGUCGUUUUGCGGCUGAAAUUUCUUUUUUCGCAUAAUUCAUACACCUAUGUUUUGCUUUCCGAUAUCUUGUGAAAAGUAAUUUUGUAUCCUCGUGUACAGAUAUUGUGUGUGUGAAUAAUAUCUGUUUUACCUAUUCAUGUAUUCAUAUUCUUAACCUCUUUUUCGCGACAAGUGUCAACAGCAAAUGUAAAAAAGUCCUUUGAGAAGGACAUAUAUAACCACCACUUUCUAAAUAAAAGGACAAUGAUGGAAGAACGACCAAAGCGUAUAAUUACAAAGCCAACAAGCUACCAGACAUCAUCAGACGAGGUUCCUCCAGUAUGCAAACGGGCUGCACCUGUGCCAAACACCACGGCAGGAAGCAUCGAAGAGGACAUCAGAGAUAUACGGGCCACCCUGGACAAGAAUGCAAACAACGAUAUACAUUUAUUUACUAAUACUACACAAAACAUAUCGCGCACACACACACAUAUAAUCCCACACACAUUACUCCCACAGCAUCUGUCCACCCAGCACAAGACACAUCGAUUCAUACUUCUCGCACUACAUGUACACCUCACGAAAGUGAACACCUGUACUACACUAAUGAUACAUAUACUGAGUUGCAGGGUACUUCGCGCCCAUGGACAACGCAGGGCCACACGCAGCAUCAGUUCCAUCAGGAGCGUCUAUCUUACGAGCAGUACGAAGAGCGGCUACCUUAUGGCCAACAUGCACGAAUAACACAGAAGGCGGACAAUCGG